CCAAUUGUUUUGAAUUUUUUUUUUAAGUUUUAGAAUAAAUUAAUUAUUUAAAUUAAAAUGACAAGGCAUGGUAGAAAUUCUACUGCAGGUGCAGUAUACACAUACCACGAAAAACAACGAGACUCUAAAACUUCUGGGUGGGGCUCCCUAAAAACAAGAUUUAGUAAAGAUGCAAUAAAAGAAUUUGAUUGCUGCAGUUUGACAUUACAACCAUGCAAAGAUCCAGUUGUUACAACAGAAGGUCAUUUGUAUGAACGUGAAGCAAUUUUGGAGUAUAUUCUUCAUCAGAAGCAAGCUUUUGCUAAAAAGAUAAAAGCAUAUAAAAAACAGUUAAAAAAAGACAAAGAAGAAGCAGAGGAAAGUAACGAAAAAAGUGAACGACUAAAAGUUUCACAGUUUAUUGGUUUGGAGACUAGUAUUGCAACCAAAAGAGAAAAUCCUUUUAAAAGUUCUGAUGAUUCUGGUUCUACAAAGAAAAAAAAAGACAAUGACAGCUUGCAGUCAAUUAAAAAUACAAGUGAAACUGAAAAAAUGAAGUUACCGAGUUUCUGGAUUCCAACUCUAACCCCUCAAGCAAAGGAGACGCGUUUAGAAAAACCAGAUAGUACUGUAUAUUGUCCGAUGAGUGGUAAAGUUUUAAAAAUGAAGGACUUGAUUUCAGUAAAGUUUACUCUUGCUCCUCAUACCGAUAGUAAAUCAUUAAUAACUAAACAUGAACGGUACAUUUGUCCGGUAACAAAGGAUGUUUUAAGUAACAAAGUUCCGUGCGCUGUUCUGAGACCGAGCGGCCAUGUUGUCACUAUGGAAUGUAUUGAAAAGUUUGUCAAAAAAGAUUGGAUCUGUCCUAUUACUGGAAAUAAACUUCAACCAAGUGAUAUUAUUGAAAUUAAAAGAGGUGGUACGGGUUUCGCCGGUGUUAGUGGUAGUGAACUAGAAGGAAAAUUAUACGGAGCCUCUCUUAUGUGUGGUUAAAAGUUUUUUUGUUAUUUAAAUUGAAAAACAAAUUAAGGAUGUAUUUGAA